AUGAAGAGAUUUGUUUCACUAGCUGGAGCUUUAAUCGUUGGUACUGUCGUAGCCAACGACCAAGUUGCCGAAACCAAGAAAGUAGUUCUUAAAGCAGAGCCUGAACUUAAAGUCACUGCUCCAUUCCAAACUGUCAACCAUGGAGAGAAGCAAAUUAAGAUUGCCAAGAGACAACAGCUCGCUGAAGACUCAGACUUGACUUCCCACGAUUUACCAAGAAAGGAAAGAGAAAACAGACAAGUCAACAGAAGACCCAGACACCAAUCACACGUCACUUCUGAUGAAGCUGCUGAAAUCGAGGUUCAAUACAGAAACUUCAGUGACUUAUCUGAUCAACCAAGAAGAUAAUCUAGCGUUGAAGUAUAGGCCUACAGAAAGGCUGAAGCUAGAUCUCAAUCAGUCUCAUCAUGGGACUAAGAAGAGCAAGCUUACAAGCAAAAGCUCGAAGUUAGAGAGAAAAAGGCCCCCGCCAGAAGCACUAGCCCAGAUGUCGCUGCUCCAAAGGUUAGAGUUGCCAGACAAAGAAACGAUUCCCCAAGAUCAUGGGACUCAAGAGGCAGAACUUUCUCUGCUAGAAACUCAAGCAACAGUGUUUCUUCUCAUGAUAUUGAGGUACAAAAGUCACUUGUUGGUUCACUUGACUACAAUGUGAGACCAGCUGAGAAGAGAUCUUCAAGCCCUGCCUCAUGGGAUGAACUCGCUGUUGAAAAGAGACAAGCUUCCUCAGAUGGUGCUAGUUCAUGCGAUAGCGCUGACUGGGAAGAUGUUCAAUCAACUUUGAUUGGAGGUGAUGGCCACGACAACUGGAGACAAAAAUCAGGAAAGAUCGGUGGAGAUGGCCACGAUGACUGGCAACACAAGGGUGGCAAGAUUGGAGGAGAUGGCCACGAUGACUGGUAACAUAAAGGUGGAAAGAUCGGUGGUGACGGUCAUGAUGACUGGCAACACAAAGGUGGCAAGAUUGGAGGAGAUGGCCAUGAUGACUGGUAACACAAGGGUGGAAAGAUCGGUGGUGACGGUCACGAUGACUGGCAACACAAAGGUGGCAAGAUCGGAGGCGAUGGCCACGACAACUGGAGACAAAGAAGUGGCCUCAUUGGUGGUGGCGAUCACGAUCAAUGGUGGAAACACAGAGAUUAACCAACUGUUGAGACAAUGCUAGGAUAAAAUGGUCAUGGAAUAUGGUACAAGGAAUUUUAGCCAGUCGUUGAAAAAGGCAUUAUUGGAGGUGAUGAUCAUGAUUACAAGCCUCAUGCCACUCGUGGCGUUUCAUACCCAACCAUUAUUGGAGGUGGCGAUCACGAUCAAUGGUGGAAACACAGAGGAGAUGUUCAACAAAAAGUUGCCACUAUUAUGGGAGGUCCAACUGACCCAGAUCACUACAGAUAUAUGUACCAACAACAAAUGCCAAGAGUUCAAGAUCAACUUAUUGGAGGUGGAGACCACGACUACUGGUGGAGAAGAGGUGGUCCCAUGGUCGAGGAUUACUGGUCCAGCAGAGGAGGUCCCUUAGUUGAGAAAUCUCAACUCAUUGGUGGAGAUGGCCACGACAACUGGAGACAAAAGCAACAACCAAUCAUUGGAGGUGGAGAUCACGAUUAAUGGUGGAAACACAGAGGUGAUAUUCAACCUCAGGUAGCAGAUCAACUUAUUGGUGGUGGAGAUCACGACUAAUGGUGGAAAUUCAGAGGUGCUCAACCAAAGGUUGAAGAACAACUCAUUGGUGGAGGAGAUCACGACUAAUGGUGGAAACAUAGAGGAGAUCUUGAGCCAAUGGUUGAAAACCCACUCAUUGGUGGUGGAGAUCACGAUCAAUGGUGGAAACACAGAUCUGAUGUUAUUGGCAAGAAUGACGGCCACGAUGACUGGCAAAGAAAUAGACAAAAGACCCAAGAUGUUAUCAUCGGAGGUGGUGACCACGAUCAAUGGUGGAAACACAGAGGUGAUGUUCAACCAAAGGUUGCUGAGCAACUUAUUGGAGGUGGAGAUCACGAUCAAUGGUGGAAACACAGAUAAAGCGGUGGAUACGUUUUCCUCAACUGA